CUUUGCCCAUAGAAUCCAGAAGUGGGUCUGCAAUGGAAUGGACUACAUUUAGAGCACAUCUUGUAAUGAUCAUAAAAGUGCACCUAGUUGAGCUAUUCAUCUGAAACUUCUCGUAGAGUUGCUCCAUGGAGUAUAGCUUUAAUGUGCCAAACAAAAUUUUAAUCAGUAAAACUCAUUACUUUGGUUUGAAAUGACAGAUUUUCGUGAAAAAUUCCUGCAGUUUUCAAAACGAUGACCAUCUUGAAAUUUUUUUGCUCAAUACUAUUUACCAAUAUACAUCUUUCCACCAAAUAUGAAGAAAAUCCAUUCACUACUACUCGAAUUAUUUUCUUGACAGACUGAUGGAUGGAUGGACAGAUGGAUGAACAGAGGGCUUCACUUUAUCCCAUACAGAAUUUCAUUCGUUGGGAUAAUGAGCACUUGAUGAACAAUGAUUUGAAAGAUCCAUACAAUAUCCCAAGAGUAGUAACUUUUCUAGUGUGAAAAUGAAUAUAUUGACAUGUGAAGCAGCUCUGCGAUAGGGCACACACAGGUCGCUAUGGCAACCAUGACUGGAGUAUCGUUGUGUUAAAUGAUAAAUGUAAUGUAGCAAAACAGAGUCUACAACUUGAUCUUUACUAUGUGUGAAUUUCAUAUUCACUUGUGAUUCACUGGAUUAUGCUGUGUACGAGACAUUUCAGUAAUCAGUGUAAUCAAGUGGACCACCAGUGAUAUUGUUUUGUUAUUAUUAAAUAAUUAAUUUAGAGAAUAAUUAUCAUUACUUAUGGGACACCCUGUAUAUUCAACACAGCUAGAUCAUUAAUUCAGAUAUUGGGAACCAAGCAUUAAGCUAAAGGAAAGUUUCUAGAGUACACUAUGAUUAGAAAAAUGCAUUCAAUUGCUCUGGUAAUUCUAGCCAUAAUUAUAAUUGCAAAACUAAUUUUCGAUUUGAAAAUAUAUGGAACAAUGGUAAGUGGAAGUGGAAAAGUGGAUAAAAUAUUAUGUAAGCACUCAGUAAAUGAACCAAAGAAUACGUAUACUUUUCAACAAAAUCAUUCACAGGACCCAAAACUUAGACGUAAGUUUCUGACAUUAUUUACAACAUUUGCAGAUGCAGAACCUAUUCGAUAUACAGUGCAAAACAACACAAUAUGCAAUUAUUUGAACUUUCCAGAAGAUUUGGUACAUCUUGUUGCAUUUGUUCAGAAGGCUGUCUACCAAUAUCAGUUCAAAGAACACAUAAACAUAUGUGGUGGGCAUAGCAAUUUUGAUAUAAAGAGAUGGCAUCUUGUGGUCCUUCCGAAAUCUAGCACCUAUCUAGACAGGCCUUUCCUCAAAGACAUGUUCAUAUAUGCGAUGAGAGAAUUUGACAGUGAAUUAUACAUGUAUACAAAUGGAGACAUUCUUUAUCCAUGGGGUCACCUACAAAGAAGUUUCCAAGCUGUUACAACAUUUGUAGAAAGACAUGAACUACAUGAGUAUAUCAUAUCUGGAUUACGGAGAGAUGUGACAUUUUACUCAGGAUCAGGUUUAAAUGUUAAAAAACUUCAUACUGGAGAUGAGGAGGAAAUUUUGAACAUAGGGAAUGGUUUUGAGCCUAUACUUUUAUAUGCCUUGGACUAUUUCAUCACAAAUAAAACAAGCUUCCCAUGGCACACAAUACCAGCAUUUGUAAUUGGUUCAGUGAGAUUCGAUAACUGGUUAGUCAUGUAUGCAAACAAACUCAAGAUUCCAGUUUUUGACAUAACACAGUCUACCCCAGUGGUACAUCAGGCAGGCAUCCCUAAGAUUGGCGACAAAAGGGGUAAGGAUGCCAAUAACUACAACAUCCAGCUUUUUCAUGAAUCUGUAAAUGAUGUGAAAAUGGGAAAAAUUAGUGAAUGUGGCGAUUUCAGGACACUGCUAUCAAAGCAAGGAGUUGUGGUCAUAAAAAACAAGGAAUAUAAUGUAGAAUGUGUUUACUUUUCUUUAUAUCCCAAUGUUAUGACUGAAUCUGAUGGCUAUUUAGGGCUCCAGAAGUAGUUGACUGUUUAUUUUUUGGUUCAUCAGCUGCAUUGGUAUUCUAUAGUAUUUUUACAUUCAUAGUUAUCUAGUAUGUACAAACUUAUACCUCUGGAAGAUAUGUGUAAAAUACCAUGAGAUUGAUUUUUCUUUGUCUUGAAGAAAAAUUGUAAUAUGCUCUUUCACCUUGGCAAAGGUUGGUCCAACUAAAAUUUCAAGAUAGCCUUUGUUGUAACAAUUCAUAUUUUUUCUUUAUUUAUUUGAUAUUUCAAUGCUACAAGUUUUUAUAAACUCUGGAUAAUAAUGUAGUAGACGUGUUACAAAACUCAACCCUUGAUAAGCAGAGAAUGAAAGACAGAUAUUGGAGAUAUAUAGGGUGACCCAAAAAAUCCCACCAUCUAUAUUUGGAAUAACAUUCUUAAUAAUGAAGGAAUCUUCAUGAUUUUUUUUGUGAAGAUAGAGUGUUCAAUGGAAACAAGGCACAGACGUGAACAAUAUCGUACCUAAAACACAGCAUUGUGGUC